AUGGCAAGCCUGACAUCAACCAAAAUGCAGAAAUGCCUGCCAAGCGAAAACUGGACUUCUUAUAAUGACUGGAAUUGGGGAAACAUGAGAGACAGACUCGAGGAGCGGGUGUCGACGCUGAACAUGGAGUACCUGAAACAACACGCCGAGACGAUCACAGGCCACACUGUCACCUUGAGCCCCAAAUUCUCGGCUGGGCAAUACUGGGUAUGCUUCGAGCUUCUUGUUGCGGAUAGGGGCCUGAUCAUCGCUCGUGUCCGCUUGCCUCAACAUCCCACUACACCAACUCUCACCGAAGAGGACGAGUCGUAUGCGGCUAAAUGCGAAAUAGCCACCAUGCGCUUCGUGAAGCAGAGACUCCCCGGGUUGAUCGUGCCUGAUGUCUACACCUACCAAGGCCCUGGGUCACCUGGUGCACUCCAAGUUGGCGCUCCAUACAUGCUCAUCGAGGGAUUCUACGGCACUUCGCUGGAACAUGUCGUUUAUGGCGAUGAUGGUUCCACCAACUUUAACAAUCUAUCGGCAUCCGAGCAGGAGCAUGUUAUAGCCCAGUGGACAUGGGUCCAAGCAAUGCUGGCAACCCUGACGUUCCCCGAAAUCGGAUCAAUCUGCGAUAUCACAGAAGCAGGUGGGGCGGUCAUUGGCAAGCCGAGUUCAUCCGCCGUCGAACGUCACACUCCACCAGGACCAUUCAAAACUGCUAUUGAUUUCUUCACGGCUUUUGGGGAGGGGGCUUUACGCAUAGCACAACAAUCUGACGGCACUGAGGGUGAAUCAAACUUGAGCAUUCUUGGGGCACGUGUCUUUCUAGACAUUGUGCGAUCUACGCCAUUAUUCCAAGAUAAUGGACCCUACCAUCUCAACCACAUGGACCUACACUUGGGAAACAUUCUGGUCGACCGUCAUCUCAACUUCCUGGCCAUCAUCGAUUGGGAGUUUGCCCAAACUGCGCCAUGGCAGGUCAACUACUACCCGAUGCCCUUCCCGUUAGGAGGAAUGGACGAUGAUAUCGAGAGCAUUCUACAAGAUCCUAGCCACAUCGCACACGAGAACGUGAAACUAGCGGCUGCCUCCAGGCAUGUUUAUUGCAGAAAGUUUGACGAGGCUGCCGCCAACCUUGCCCAACAAGGCAAGCACCUCAGCGGAAGCUAUUCAGAAGUUUUAGAGGGAGCAGCGUCAAGGAUUUAUGCAUCUUUUAUUGACAUGAUACAACAACCAGAACGAGCUCAACAUUUUAUCAACGGCAUGGUGAACCUGGCUUUCGGUUUUGAUGCUGAGCAGACAAAGCAGUACCUGGAAUCGCUUUCCUAG